GAGGAACACACUGUCCAGCUGGACACAGAGGCUGGAGUGGCCGGAGACCAUGCCUCCCCGCAAAGGCCUCAUGUUCUGCCUUCUCCUCAGCCUCUCAGGGGCUUUGGAGCACCCAGCAAAGGCCAGGAGGCUCCUAAAGGAGAAGCAGGGGAUCAGUGUUUCUAAUGGAGGCCCUCGGGGGGUCUGGGGAAGGCCAGAGUUCUGCCCAGAAGGCACCUGUGCCAAUGGUUUCAAGCUGCAGGUCCAUUCACCAGCCAACGGCACAGACAAGACAGGAGUGAAUGGGAUCAAGCUGCGCUGCUCGGAUAUGUCCAGCAUCACAUCGACUGUUGGGCCGUGGGGAGCCUGGACCACCACUCGCCUCUGCCCCACCGGCUACCUGGACUCCUUUGCCCUGCGGACCCAGCAAGAAGCAGCCUCCCCUGACAAGAUGGCCGUCACCAACGUCCUCUUCACCUGCUCCUCCUCCAGCCACCCCCUGGUGGGAGACGGGCUGGCCGAGGGCCUCCUCGGGGGCUGGAGCAACAAGUGCCUCCACGGCCACGUGAUCUGCGGCAUCCGCACCAAGGUGCAGAAUCCUCAGGAGCAGGCCGAUGAGACGGCCCUCAACGACGCCCUGUUCUACUGCUGCCCCUGCCACUCUCCUCCCAAGCCCACCCCACCGUAGUGCCCCCCCAUUCCCAUCAGCCCUCCUAGGGGCCCCCCAGACAAUAAACCUUCAUGACAGCAGAAA